AUGUUAGCCCGAUCAUUAAAAAAACAUGUCAAGCAAAAUGGAGAAAAGCAAUUUGUUGAAAAAGGUGGACAAUAUUGGUUCAUGUCACUGUGUAAUAUUGACACUAGUAAUAUUCGAUCAGUAAAGAAUCUUCAUGCUGGCGUAUUUCCAGUCCAGUAUUCCGAGGCCUACUUUCAGAAGGUGCAAAAUAAUGACUUAUGUGCUGCUCUAGUAGUAGAUGGCGAAUGUCUUGGUGUGGUCUGCUGCAAAUUCGAGAUUGUCGGCUGCUCCAAGUUCCUUUACAUAAUGUCGCUAGCAGUGCAUCCACUAUAUCGAUGUCGAGGGAUUGGAAGCAGACUUCUUGAUUUUGCCAUCAAUAAAGCAGAAAGUCAUAGUGUGUCAACAAUAAGACUGCAUGUGCAGGUGGGUGGUAUCCACUCUUCCGUUUCAUAG